CUUUCUUGCAACGUCGCAAGUCUGUCCAAGCUUAUCGAGACCCAAGCGUCACUCAACAUGUCCGCUACACCACCCCAUGCAGCCCCUGCCACCGCAGGCGACAAGACCCCCGAACUCGUCACACGUGAGAAGCGCCCUCGUCAAGAUGACGGAGAAGAUGAUCGUGACAGAGCUGGCAGAUCUCACCGCUAUAGGCGCGACGGUCCCAACGAUGGACUGGAACAUGAAGAUCCUGAACGGGAACGCAGACGCCACCGACACCGGGAUGAGACAGAAGAAGAACGCCGGGAGCGCCAUCGCCGUAGGGAUGCAGAGACGGAGGAAGAAAGAGAAGACAGGCGGAGGAGACGGAGGGAGAGGGACGAGCGGGAGAGGGAAGAGAGGGAAAGGGGAGAUGUGAGGAGAGACUCUAGGGAAGGGGAGGACCUGAGAAGAGGCUCGAGGGAGAUCUCGGUGGGUAGGCCUGCGAGUCAGCGUGAUCGAUCGAGGGAGAGUCACAGGAGCUAUAGGAGUCAUAGGGACGACCGACCUCCUGUUGAGGAUGUGCGAGACAGGCGGGGCUAUGAUGAUAGGCGAGAGGACAGGGGUUAUGGAGGUAGGAGAGGCUAUGAUGACAGACGAGACCACGGUCGUAGAGAAUUCGAGGAACGUGGUAUACGCCCCAUGCGAUCACCCCUUCCCAUGCGCCGCCGAACUCCCGACUACGACCAGCCCCCUCGCCGUCGAGGCCCGCCUCCUCAGGAUGUCGACCCCAAGGGGCGAACCGUCUUUGUCUCCCAGCUGUCUGCCAAGAUGACUUCGCGUAUCCUUGGCAUGUUCUUUGAGGACAAGCUUGGACCGAGGUCAGUGCGAGAGGCAAGAGUCGUGACUGACCGCGGUGGUCGAAGGUCUCGAGGCAUUGGACAUGUCGAGCUAGACAGCGUGGACCUCGUCAACAAGGCGCUUGAACUUUCUGGUACAGUCGUCAUGGGUAUCCCGAUCAGCAUUUUGCUCUCUGAAAAUGACCUUGGCGGACAGGAGCUCAUCACCGCUCAUGCCCUCGCUAGUGUAACCAAUCCUUCCACCCGCCCUCCCCCUUCUUUCGGAACCAACUAUCCGCCCCUGUCCUCCGGACUCGACGUGCCUCAAGGUUUCGACCCCAACUUGCACAAGGGCAACCGACUUUUCGUCACCAACCUUCCCUUCUCACUUGGGCCUACUGAUUUGAAACAGGUGUUUGAGCCGUUUGGUGCGAUAGAGUUUGUGGAUUUGCACAUGGACAACAGUGGAAUGAAAAAGGGUACAGCCUACGUACAGUACAAAGAACUGAGACCGGCGCAGAUGGCCCAAGACGCUAUGGCUGGCUUUGAGCUGGCCGGACGACCAAUCCGGGUUCAACAAGUCCAAGACCGCUCAUUCCACCAAACCCCCGACAUGAUUGACGACUCCCAGGACUACGGCACCAAGCUCGACGCUACCCAGCGUCAACAGCUGAUGUACAAGCUUGCUAGGACCGAGGCGCCUCCUGCCGCGCGAACCGACGCACCGAGCCGCGCCCCCGCACCGGCUAUGAACCCGUCCCCGUUCCUCGUCGUUAGCAACAUGUUCAACCCCGAAGAGGAAACUGAAAGGAACUGGGAUCUUGACCUCGCAGAGGAUGUCAAGGGCGAAGUGGAAUCCAAGUACGGUAAAGUCGUGCGGAUCAAGGUGGAAAAGAUGUCUGCUGUAUGUCCCUCGCCUUCCUAUGCCUGGUUAUUGAGGCUGAUAAUUGGCGCAGGGCGAAGUCUACAUUGAAUUUGCCGAAGUCGAAUCUGCUACCAAUGCUAUCCGCGGGCUCAACGGCAGGUUCUUUGGUGGAAGGAUGUUGAUGGCUGGGUACAUCUCCGAGGCGCUCUUCAAAGCGCAUCUCUAAGAUCGGGAUGGCCCAGAGCUUGUGUUGUGUUGUAUUCAAAACACUGUCCCCGAAACUGACGAAAAGGGUGUUAAUAGCUUUUUAGUGGUUUACAAAAAAAGAAAAGAUUUCACAAUCAUCAUGCGGUAUGAAAAACGGUCUCUGUCUGCGUCUCUCUUGUCUCUUGUGGGGAAUUAUAUGAUGUUCUUUGGGCAUAGCUUUUACACCGCACCUACUCGGCCAAGUCGAAACACGUCACGGCGAAUUAGCCAUGGGUGUGAAGUCUGCUUCAUCCGGCUAAGGCAAGUUUCUCUUUUGCACCUGGGAGACUAACGAGCAAACCUUUUCGCACGAGUGACAGACUUUUAUCUUCUAUUCGUUCCAUUAUAUGGCAAGACUUCUCUGACGCUGAUGGAGGCACAACGCAACAUGAUCACCUAAAGUGGUAAGAUUCCCUAUGCGCUCGAGUCUUCCAUGUUCUUGCUGUCUUCCUAUAAAUGACUUGCGUGAUAUUACAGACGUAUAAUGCAUCUGCGCUCACACGACAAGUACAAUAGAUGCAAACGGAUCAACUGUCUCUACAUUUAUGGUUGUUAUCAGGAGUGGAGGGAGCUCUGUCGACAGAUGAGCGUGUGGCCUUCUUUUCACUCUCGUUGUUGUAUUAUACAUCUUGUCUCUGCUGCCAGUGUACAAGAUGUAUGGAAAUGGGUGACAUGCAAGAAGAGACG